GUCAUUGAGAGGGCAUUUUUGAUUUAGGACCUCCGUUAGUGGGCCUGUCCCUAAUAAAGCAGGCAACCUCUAUUUGGCCACGGUCAGUGUAUUGCUACUGUUUAUAUUCCGCAACAACAGAUGGCAGCAAGCCUCUUUCUUUGCCUGAACUCGCAUAAGAGGAAGAAAAUGUAAACGCGUCUGUCAGCUACCAACGUGUUCAGCUAGCCACAGUAAACACUGGUGUAAUGUUGCCAUUCACUUCAUCGGGUUGAGUCGUUCUACAUUUUGAAAACACGCAUUAACUUCAUGCAUGGAGCAUUUCGAAGAAGAUUUAGUGGAGGCGCUGAAGGAAAUAGUGAGAGACGGGAAUUGGCAAUGUGUUGGAGAGGAGUCUGCGUUUCAAUCGCCUUGCACGAAGUUGUUUUCUGAGGACGGCGAACAUUUGGUAUUGGUGCGCACCGAAGAUGACAGAUUCUGGGCAAUGGAUUCGGCUUGUCCCCAUGAAGGUGGUCCAUUGGAACUUGGCGAUAUCGAGGACCUCGGUGAUGGUAGAAUGGCACUGAUCUGUCCUUGGCAUCAUUUUGACUUCUGCCUGAACACAGGAGAGUCUUCCACUGGACUCCAGAACCAGGUGUACGACGUGAAGGUGGUACAAGGCCUGAUAUAUGUCAACACACAGAACGAGUUGUCACAGACUCCUUUCCCUGAAACCAAAGCACCAGAAGUCGAUAAAUUGUACAUAGAGGGUGGUGGUGAGCAAACACAUGAGAACAGCCUGUGCUACUGGGCCACAAAGAUCCUCUGUACUCCAGACCCAGAGGAGAAGGUGAGCUUGACCCUGGAGGUGCAGAGGAAGUGGAACAGUGGGGAAAUCACUGAGGUGGGGGAGAGCACGCCCCCAGCCCAGCCAGGCAGGAAAGAGAACCUCACGGUGCUGGAGCCAGGCAAAAUCAAGCGCGGCAAAGGAGGAACGCUGGCCAGCCGUGUGGCCUUGCUCCACUCCUUAGCGAACAUAGAGCAGUGGGCCAUCGACCUGUCCUGGGAUGUGAUCGCACGCUUCUCCAACACCAGGCUGAGCACAGGGGAGCCGCUGCCAAGACAGUUCUUCAGUGACUUUGUCAAAGUGGCAGGGGAUGAGGCCAAGCACUACAACCUACUGGAGAAGCGCAUCACAGAACUGGGCAGCUACUUUGGAGCCCUUCCUGUCCAUAAUGGACUGUGGCAGUCCGCUUCAGACACUGCUCAAGACCUUCUGGCACGUCUAGCCAUAGUCCACAUGGUGCAUGAAGCCAGAGGUCUGGAUGUGCACCCUCAGACGCUGUCCCGCUUCGCUGCCCAGGGCGACGCCAAGUCUGUGGAGGCUCUGGAUGUCAUCUAUGCAGAUGAGAUCACCCAUGUGGCAGCCGGCCUGCGCUGGUUCACCUACGUCUGCGGAGAGGAGGACCGGGAUUGCGUGCCCACGUUUCACAAGCUGGUCAAGAUGCACUUUAAAGGCUACCUGAAGCCCCCAUUCAACACAGAGGGGAGGACAACAGCUGGGAUGACAGAAGAGUGGUAUGUUCCUCUUGUGAAGCCCUCCAGCUGACCGAAGGGGAAAGCCACAGUCUGGCUCCACACAUCAUCACCCUGCUACUAAGAAGGUCGAAGGCCAGACAGGAUCCUAAAGGAUUUUAUAAACAUGCUGCUGAGACCUGAAUAUCAUUAUUACGUUUGUAGUUUAUUAUUCCUGGUGGAAAAGAAAAUGGAGGAAGACAGAAGAAGUUGAGAAGAGAGGCCUGGAGGUUUCCUUUCUUAAAAUGAAGACAUAUGCAUGAACUUGACAUAUGCCAGUCUUUUUCAUUUCUAUGUAAUGUGCAUUUAUGUACAUUGUUUUAAAUAUUUUGGAAUUUUAUCAUUAAACUCUUAAUACAGUUAUAUGAAUAAUGAGA